AUGAAAUCCUCCUUUAGAAGCUGUAUUCGUGAUCUAACUAAGUUUCACUCUCCUGGCAUUGUGGUUGUAACUGAGACCCGUAUUAGCGGAUCUCGAGCUGGUGAUAUUCUCCGAUCCUUGCCCUAUGAUGGUAUCCACACUACUGACCCUAUUGGCUUUGCUGGGGGUAUUUGGCUCUUAUGGCGGAAAGACAUGGCCGACUUGGAAGUUCUUGCGGCCACUGAGCAAGAGAUUCACGCCAUUGUCAAGGUAAAUAAUUUUGAUCACCCUUGGCUCCUCUCUGCAAUUUAUGGUAGCCCUAGAUUUGCUGAACGUAAGAUUCUUUGGGAAAACUUGUGUUCUGUUUCUACCCUCCAUAAUCUUCCCUGGGCCAUUGUGGGGGAUUUUAAUGAUGUUCUCAACGACUCUGAAAAAUUGGGGGGAAAUAGAGUUAACAUGACCAGGGCUACAGCUUAUAGUGACUGCAUGAGUUCUUGCAACAUGAUUGAUCUCGGGUUUUCUGGGCCCAUCUACACCUGGACUAAUCGUAGAGAUGCCAAUGGGCUUAUCCAAACUAGAAUUGAUCGUUGUUGGGCCAAUCCUAGUUGGACUAUCACUUACCCUGAGGCAAAUGUAACUCAUCUUCCUCGGAUAAGUUCUGACCACUGCCCUCUCCUUUUAAGCUUAUCUAGAGCAGUGCACAACAAGCCUCAAAGACCCUUCAGAUUCGAAAAAAUGUGGCUCACCCACCCGGGAUUUCCUGCUAUCGUUGAUAGGGCAUGGGAUCAUGCUCCCAACCUUGCCCAGGCCAUCUCUUCUUUCACAAAUUAUGCCACUGUUUGGAAUAAGGAGGUUUUUGGAAAUUUAUUUGCUCGAAAGAAAAUAAUUCUAGCUCGCCUUAUAGGGGUCCAAAAAGCCAUUGCAGUUAAGCCCUCCCCCUUUCUCCUCUCCCUUGAUCAAGAGCUAUCUCUAGCAUACUCUGAAAUAUUGAAUCAAGAGGAAGAUUUUUGGGCUCUCAAAUCCCGCUUAGAUUGGCAAACCCAAGGAGACAGAAAUACUGCCUUUUUUCAUGUUAAAACCAUAACUCGCAGAAAGUUUAAUAGAAUUGAUCGACUGAAAAACCAUCUUGGCGAAUGGUUGACCAAUGAGCAGCAAGCUGUUACACUUUCUGAGGAUGAUUCAUCUUUGCUUUCCGCCAAUGUCUCUUCUCUGGAAAUCAAGAAUGCCAUCUUUUCCCUAAAGCCUUACAAAGCUCCAGGAGUUGAUGGCUUACAUGCUGGGUUUUUCCAACAUUUUUGGCCCACCCUUGAGCAAUCAGUCACGGAGGAAAUUAGAACCAUCUUUGCUUCUGGUGUGAUGCCAACCUACCUAAACCAAACUCUUGUUGUUCUUAUUCCUAAGAGGGUUGGUCCUGAACUUCUUGGGCACUUUAGGCCGAUUAGCCUGUGCUCAACAAUUUACAAAGCUGUGACAAAGAUAAUCGUCAAUAGAAUUCGGCCUUUCAUGCACCAAUUGGUCUCCCCCUUUCAAACUGCCUUCAUCCCUGGUCGGAAAGGCCGUGAUAACAUGAUAAUAGCCCAAGAAAUCCUCCAUUCCAUGGGGAAAAAAAAGGGGCGUACUGGUGUUAUGGCCCUUAAGAUUGACCUCGAAAAGGCCUUUGAUAGGUUGGAAUGGAGCUUCAUUAGGGAAGUUUUGCUCCACUUCAAUUUUCCUUCUAAUCUUAUUGCUUUAAUCAUGGAGUGUAUCUCAACCUCUUCUGUUGCAAUCCUCUUCAAUGGAGGUAAGCUUGAGCCUUUUCUCCCUUCGCGAGGUAUUCGUCAGGGAGACCCCAUUUCGCCAUAUAUUUUCAUUCUUUGCCUUGAAUACCUCGGGUUUCUCAUACAUGAAAAGAUCAAUAACAAGGCUUGGAAAGCAGUCAAGGCCUCCAGAUCUGGUCCGGCUUUCACUCAUCUUUUUUUCGCAGAUGACCUAAUCCUCUUUGGGCAAGCUUCAGUAUCCACAUCUAGUGCAAUAGACGAUGUGCUUAAUCACUUUUGCCAGCUCUCUGGGCAGAAGGUCAGCAAUGAUAAAUCCCGGAUUCUCUUCUCAAAAAACACUCCCCUUGCAACCCGAGACAGCAUUUGCAACAAUUUGGGCUUCUUAGAAACAACCAAGUUUGACAAAUACUUGGGCUUCCCUCUUAAAUUUUCUGACCGAGGCAGCAAGGAUUUUGACUUUAUUAUUCAAAGAACCCAAGAAAAAUUGGCGGGUUGGCAAGCUAAUUUGCUCUCUUUGGCUGGUAGGCGCAUCCUAAUUCAAACUUCUUCCACUGCAAUAGCAGAUUAUGUGAUGCAGGGUGCCCUUCUUCCCAGCAGAGUUUGCCAAGAGCUUGAUAGGGCUCAUCGUAACUUUCUUUGGGCCUCCACUCCCGAAAAAAGGAAAAUGCACAUGGUGAAUUGGGAUAAGGUCACUUCUCCUACUGAUCAUGGAGGUCUUGGCAUUCAUGCUUCCCGACCUAGAAAUCUAUCUCUCUUGGCCAAGCUGAACUGGGAAAUUACAAAUGAUGAUCAUUCUCCUUGGGUCCUGUCAGGUCCAUCUUCUAUGGUCCCCUCAAUGUUCAUGAAGAGGAUAAAAUGGUUUGUGAUUUUAUUGACUCUAAUGGUUGCUGGAACUGGGAGAGCCUCUCCUUCUCCCCCCCCACAAUCCUUUAUUGAUAUUAUUCAAGCCAUCCCCAUCAAUCUCACCUCCCCUCUCGGUGACACAACUGCAUGGUCUCUCUCAAGGGAUGGCAAUUUCAACUUAGCCUCGGCUUACCUUUUAGCUAAAGGGUUAAAUGCUUUGAACCCGCCUACUUUCACCUCUAACUGGAUUUGGAAAAUGAAAGUCCCUCAGAAAAUUAUUAUUUUCUUGUGGCUUUGUUCUCACAAUAGCAUCCCUGUCAGAGAAGUCUUGGGUUCAAGGGGUUUAAUCUUAGAUCAAGCUUGCCCCCUUUGCCAUAGUCAAGUUGAGUCAAUAAACCAUCUCCUUAGAGAAUGUCCUUUUGCUGUAAGUUUCUGGAAUCAGCUUGGCCUUCCUUCAAAAGUCAUUCAGUUUUUUAGUCUUCCUCUUCUUGACUGGCUUCACCUCAAUGGUACCUCCACUAUUAUCUCAAAACGCCAUCUUAUGCCAUGGAAAGUCAUUUUCUGUUUUGGAAUUUGGUCUCUCUGGUUGAACAGGAACUCUAUUGUCCAUCAACGGAAGCAGGCAGCCCCCCCUCUUAUUAAAGAUUGCAUUGCAAAAGCUGCGGAAUUUUUCUUCCUCACUCAAGGAACUAACUCCAGCAGCCAUAAAAGAAACUUGGUUGUCUCUUGGGCCAAACCAAAUCCUGGGUGGCAUAAGCUUAACACAGAUGCCUCUGUCUUGUCUUCUUCAGGCUUUGCGAGUGGAGGCGGCCUUCUUAGAGAUUCAUGUGGUUCUUGGGUGCAAGGCUUCACUAAAAAAAUUGGCACUACUAACUGCCUUUUGGCUGAACUAUGGGCCUUAAAGGAUGGCCUUUCUAUGGCUAGAAAUAUGUGUGUUGAAAAGCUCAUUGUUAAUGUGGAUGCCAUUGAAGUUGUUAAUCUGUUAUCUAACACUAAAGCCACCAAUCGGCUAACCCAACCCAUUGUGGAUACUUGCAGGACCAUUCUUCAAGCUUUCCAGGAGGUCCAGCUGCAACAUUGCUAUAGGGAGACCAACAAAGCUGCUGAUUUCCUUGCUAAACUUGGCCAUAGUCUGUCUGAACCUUUUGUUUACUAUAUGACCCCCCCUUUUGGUAUUAUGGAGGUCUUAUCUAAUGAUGCUAAUGCUGUUUUGUAUAACCGAGUCACUCGGGUUGUAACUGCUGAUUUUAUGUAA